UUCACUUGUUUUCGACCAGCUGUUAGCAGUAAACAAACAUGAGUUCUGUGCCUCAGGACGCUCCAGAACACUGUCCAGGGACUAACAGUGAAGAUGCAGGCAAAGCAUCUGCUUGUGCUGGGUGCCCAAACCAGCAAGUGUGUGCAUCUGGAGCAACCAAAGCUCCAGACCCAGAUCUUGGUGCUGUGAAAGAACGACUAGAUACAAUUAAGUAUAAAAUCUUGGUGUUGUCUGGCAAGGGAGGUGUUGGAAAGUCUACAGUUUCAGCAAUGCUUGCUCGUGCACUAGCUCUUGAUGAGACCAAAGAAGUUGGAAUCCUGGAUAUUGACAUUUGUGGACCAUCACAACCCCGUGUUUUAGGUGCAGAGGAAGAAAAAGUCCAUUCAUCUGGGGCAGGCUGGUCACCUAUUUACAUUGCAGAGAACCUUGCUGUGAUGUCAAUAGGCUUCCUUCUGAAUAGUGCAGAUGAUGCUGUCAUAUGGAGAGGACCUAAAAAGAAUGGAAUGAUCAAGCAGUUUUUGCGAGAUGUGGACUGGGAUUCGUUGGACUACCUAGUUGUUGACACACCCCCAGGGACAAGCGAUGAGCACCUCAGUAUUGUCCAGUACCUAUCAGCAUCACCACCAGUUGCUGCAGUCAUUGUCACAACUCCACAGGAAGUUGCUCUCCUUGAUGUGCGAAAAGAAAUCACAUUCUGCAGAAAGGUGAACAUUCCAAUUAUUGGUAUAAUUGAAAACAUGACUACAUUUGUAUGCCCAAAAUGCAAGGUAAGUAAGAAAUGUUUGUAUUAACCCAAAGCCGAUGGGC